ACCCAAAAUCAAUCUCUCAUCAUAUAUUAGCAUUUCAAUUCUCCCGUAAUUAUCUGCAGCAAUCUCUUUUCAUAUUUUCAUAUAAACCACUCUCAUCUCUUCUUCUACUUUAAUUAAGAAAUCUGCAGAUUUCUUAAAGAUAUAUAUUGGAUAGUCGCUCUGAAUUGAAACUCAUUUCUCUGCCCAUUCACUUACGAAUCAGAUCAGAGGCAAAUUAUAAUCUUUGACAAGUUAUUAGUUCUUUCAAAGUGUUCAUCUCCGGAUCAAUCGAAGUUUAUGCGCACUUACCAAGAAAUAAUAGAAGCUUUUUGAGAUCAAAAUGAUGCCAAACAUCUCUAGUCCAGAUAAUGAUAUAGUUGUGGGUUUCAAGAAAGAAGAAGAAACUAUCAUAGAACAUCUUAUUCAUGGGUCAGACGAGAGAGAAGUUAUUUUAAUUACUGGUAUGAGCGGAUUGGGGAAGACAACUUUGGCCAAGAGAGUGUAUGAGAAGAAAAAUGUAGCCGACUUCUUUGACAAGUGUGCAUGGUGUACUGUUUCUCAAGAAUAUGAUUACAAAGACUUGUUGAACAAAAUAUAUAGUCAAGUAUGUGGCAGCGAGAUAAAGAUGAGCAGUAGUGUAUCUGCAGAGCUUCGCAAAAGUUUGAUGGGAAUGAGAUACCUCGUAGUGUUGGAUGAUAUUUGGAGUCUAGAAGCAUGGGAAGAGUUGAAUAGAGUUUUUCCCUCAUGUGACAAUGGAAGUAGAAUUGUCUUAACAAGCAGACAAGAAAGUGUGGUUUCUGAUGCCAAACAUAUUCAUCUUCCAUUCUUCACUACUGAUGAGAGCUGGGAAUUAUUGCAAGUGAAGUUAUUUAAAGGGAAGGGAUAUCCUGAAGAGCUUGAAAAUGUUGGAAGAAAAAUAUCUAAAAAAUGUGGGGGAUUACCUUUGACAAUUGGUUUGAUGGCGGGUCUUCUUGAAAAAGUUGAAAAGAGUGAGCAAAUGUGGAGUGGAUUUCUAUUUACUUUAAACUCCGAUGAUAAAUUUCGAGACGUGAUACAAAGCAAAGAUGCGAUAGAGCUUAGUUACAAGUAUUUAUCAGAUCAUUUGAAGCCAUGCUUACUUUACUUUGCUGCAUUCCACGAGGAUGAAAAAAUUGAUGUUUCGAAACUAAUGGAACUAUGGAUAUGUGAAGGAUUCAUCAUAGAGAAAGGGAGAGUAGAAGAUGAAGCAGAGGAGUACUUAAACCAUUUGGUUUGCAGUAACCUAAUUAUGGUGUCUGAAAAGAAGUAUGAUGGUCACAUCCUAUCAUGCACGGUUCAUGAUUUGGUACGUGACUUUUGCUUAACAGAAGCUAGAGAAAAUAUUUCCUUGGAGGUAAUUAAUAUGAAAAAGAAAUUGGAUCCAACUCUGAAUUUUACCCCACAUCGAAUAUGUUUUCAUUUACGAGGGAGACAUAAUCUUCCUUCUGAAUUAGUACCAUGGAAUUCUUCUAUUCGCACAGUUUUGGUUUUCCAAAAUGGUUAUGCUAGUCCCUUUUAUAAAGGUUCAUGGAUUGCUAAAAAAUUUGAGCAUCUCACAAUCUUGGAUUUAGAGGCAAUCCGUGUGUACCAAUCAAUUUUGUUUGAAGGUAACUCACUGAUUCAUCUAAGGUAUCUAGCUCUCAAAGUAGAUGGAGAUGAAGAUGAUGUUGCAGAUGAUGUCUCGCCAUUAUCACUAGGGAAUCUCAAGUGUCUCAUAACAUUAAAGUUGCGAUCACAUAAGGUGCAUUUCCCAAUUUUUUUCCUGAAUAUGAGUAGAUUGAGACAUCUGAAUAUUAGUGGUGCCAGUUGUGAUAAGUCUUGCGUGAAGAAAUCAAUAGCAGAUAUGAUUGAAGCAAUUCCUUGUUCAGAAGAAUUGCAAACCUGGGUUUCGUCAUGUCCUCUCACUGCAAUGCACGAACCUUUAUUGAGAAAGCUUCCCAAUCUCAAAACUUUGCAAGGUGGUUUAUCAACAUAUCCAUUCCCCGAAAUUGACUUUCUCCAUGAUCUUGAAAAGUUGAACUUAUUCGGUAGUUUUGAAAGUCAUCCGCAUCUUCUUAAUGAUCUUAAACUCAGCAAGUUUCCAUCAAGUCUUAAGGAAAUGUGGUUGAAUGGUAUUACUCUUUCCGUGUCUGCAAUUUCAACAAUUGCACAACAACUUCCCAAUCUCGAGAGUCUAAUAUUACUCCAUUGCAAGUUUGAGGAGGGCUUAGAAUGGAAUGUGGAUGAGGAAACCCAAUUCAAGAAACUCAAACGCCUCCAAUUAAUUUUUCUUGAUAUUGUAAUUUGGAAUAUUAGCAUUCCUGCUGAGUCAUUUCCUUGCCUUGAGCAAUUAGCUUUGGGAUACUGUCGGAACUUAGUAGUUAUAACUUCUACUUUUGAGGAUGUUUUAACAUUGAAACUCAUAACUGCCAAGGAUUGCAAUCCCUUUGUUGACGUUUGGGUGAAGCAAAAUGAGGAAUGUGCACGGGAAAUGGGAAUUGAGCAACUCAAUGUCGAGAUUCUCGAGCCAUCUGAGUGUUAUAAUAAUUUUGAUUCCAAGUCUGAGCAUGAUGAGUCAAACUUUGUAACAAAGGAGGAGAAAAUAGGAGAAAGAUGGUGGAGAAAGAGACCAAGAGUGAGGAUGAGGAUAUUGGAUGGCAUGCGGGCUAAACUAAAAAGCAUGGAAAAGAGGAUGAGAAAGAGAUCAGGAGUCUAA